AUGAGCAUUUCUGGACUAACCGAUAGUAAAGAUGGUUUGGUCCGGUCCGGUCUUUCAACAGUCCGAUUUCCACAAACCUGUCCAAUCAUACAAUUACCAUUAAAUAACAGUAUCGAUUAUGCAAUAAAAACGACUGGACCACAGUCUUGA